GAUUUAACUGCGGGCUAUUUACAUUACAAGAUUUCUCUCCGGAGAGAUUGGUUGGCUCCUCUAUAAAUAUUGGGAGCGAGACCCGGUGAGAGACAGUGCAGCUUGAAACUUCGGAGGACUUUCUCUCUCCUGCAGCUAAUGACAAAGCAGCCCAUGGCGGUAAUGAGAAGGUGCCUAUGGUGGAUGUUGGCUGUGAGCGCCUGUCUAAUACUGACGGUCCGAGCAGAGUGCGGUAAAGACUGUGCUUACUGCGCCUACCAGCUGCGGGAUCGCCGCCCAGAACUCAACACCGUCACAUGUACACUUGAAUGUGAAGGCAAAGUUUCCACCACAAAGUCCUGGGAAGCAUGUAAAGAUAUCUUACAAGGAAGUAAACCUGACAUUUUUACAGAUGAUGGACGUGCCUCUUCUGAAAGCAUCACAAAUGAGAGUGAGGAGCACCAGCUGGCAAAGAAGUAUGGGGGCUUCAUGAAACGCUAUGGAGGCUUCAUGAAGAAAACUGCAGAACUUUACAAUGUAGAGCCAGAUGAGGAAAAUGAGGGGACAGAAAUUAUAGCAAAGAGAUAUGGUGGCUUUAUGAAGAAAGAUACGGAAAACAGCCCACCGGUUGAUACAGAAAGCAUUUUAAAGGAACUUUUAAUGCAUGGAGCAGAAUCUGACAUGGAAAGCAAUGGUGAUCAUGAUGGUGAGAUCCUGAAACGGUAUGGUGGGUUCAUGAGAAGCAUCAAGAGAAGUCUAGACCUUGAAGAUGGAAUUAAAGACCUCCAGAAACGAUAUGGUGGCUUCAUGAGAAGAGUGGGCAGACCAGACUGGAAAGAGAACCAAAAAAGAUAUGGUGGUUUUUUCAAGCGUCCGAAAGCAGAAACAAGUGAGUCUAACUCUGAAGAGCUUGCAGAUGUGGAAAAAAGAUACGGAGGAUUUAUGGGUUAUUAGGAUCCGAAUGAAAAGACUUUCUCCAAUACCAUACAUUAUUGUUUAACUGUCUUGCUUGCAUUGUACAGUUUUUUUAAGGUAAAGAAACUUUCAUAAAGUCUAUCCCUUUUAGUUUUUUUUCCCAACUAGAUAUGCAUUAUUUCAUAUGAUGUGUAUCUUGGAGGUAUCUUUGGCUAAUCUUUGUUUUACUGCUGCACCCCUUCUACAUACAAAGCCACUGCAAUGUACCAUGGUGAACCCGUGACACCCCUAAAAAGGACACGAUGCACAUGACAUUGUCAGAUAUUGUUAUGUGGGAUGUGUUCUGCCUCAUCUGUAAACUGGACCACCUUCCAGCUAUUUUGUUAAAUAAUGAAAUAUCUUUAUCAAGAAUGGGGAUGCACUGUGUUAUGGAAAAGAAAUUUUGUUUACAUUCAGUGUGUAUUUUGUCCUUAAGGCUUAAAGCUGUAUUUUGUUAUAUGCUCUCUAUUUUUUCAUUUGAAUUUAAGGUGUAUCUCCUACUGCUUAGUUGUAUAGAAUCAAAUAAAUUCAUUUUAACUGCAGGA